GAGGAAAUCCUGGCGGGUUCCUGUGGGGGGGAGCUGGCGGGGCCUCCCGGCUGCUUUUAAAGCGCCUGCCCGCCCCGUCCUGCCUGCUAGCAAAGUGCCUGCCUCCUAGAGCUCGUUCCCCGCACCGCUGCCCUGAUUCUGUUCCGGACAACGUGCCCGCCAGUCGCCACUGGCCAUGGCAGGGCCCCGUGGCCACCUCCUGCUCUGCUUCCUGGCUCUCUGCUUGGCAGGCCCCAGCUUCUUUGGGGAGCAGAAGGUCCGGUCCAAACGCUGCGACGUGAAGACCAAGUUCGUCACUCACAUGCCCUGCACCCCGUGCCCCGCCAUCAGGAAGCGAGCGUGCCCCUUGGGCUGGACCCGCACCUUCCCGGGGAAGAUCUCGCAGGACUGCCGAUACGAGGUCCAGCUGGGGGACUCUCUGUUGUCCAUGAGUGGCUGCAGCCUGGAGUGCUGGAAGGACAUGGUGCAGAAGGCCUGCUGCCCUGGCUACUGGGGGUCCCAGUGCUACGAGUGCCCCGGCGGUGCUGAGACCCCAUGCAGCGGCCACGGGACCUGCCUGGAUGGCAUAGAAGGGAAUGGGACCUGUGUGUGCCAGGAGAACUUUGGUGGCUCAGCCUGCCAGGAGUGUCGGGACCCCAACCGGUUUGGGCCUGACUGCCAGUCAGUGUGCAGAUGUGUAUAUGGCGUGUGCCGCCAUGGGCCGCGCGGGGAUGGAAGCUGCCUGUGCUUCGCUGGAUACACUGGAGCCCACUGUGACCACGAGCUGCUUGCCUGCCAGGCCCUGAACUGUCCUCGGAACUCCCAGUGCUCUGAAGAGGCCCCCUCCUGCAGCUGCCUGCCUGGCUACACCCAGCAGGGUCACGAGUGCCGGGCCUCCGACCCCUGCCGGCCGUCACCCUGCUCCCCACUGGCCCAGUGCUCUGUAGGCCCCAGCGGGCAGGCCCAGUGUCGCUGCCCUGAGAACUACUACGGGGAUGGGACGGUGUGUCUGCCCCAGGACCCGUGCACCACCAACAAUGGCGGCUGCCCCAGCAACUCCACCUUGUGUCUAUACAGGAGGCCAGGCCAGGCCUCCUGCUUAUGUAAGCCAGGCCUGGUCAGCAUUGCCCACGACAGCUCCGCGGGCUGCUUCGCCCACUGCUCCGCCUUCUCCUGCGACCGCUCAGCCACGUGCCAGGUGACCCCGGAUGGAAAGACCAGCUGUGUGUGCAAAGAGGGCGAGGUGGGGGACGGGCGCGCCUGCUAUGGACACCUGCUCCACGAGGUUCAGAAGGCCAGCCAGACGAGCAUGUUACUGCGGCUGAGAGUCGCCUUUGCCAUGCUGGACCAGGGGUGCCGGGAGAUCCUCAGCACGUCGGGCCCGUUCACUGUGUUGGCACCGCUUGUCUCCUCCAGGACCAUGAACGCAUCUGUCGCCCAGCAGCUGUGCAGACAGCACAUCAUCGCCGGCCAGCACAUGCUGGAGGAGGCGGGGACCCAGGCUCCACGCCGCUGGUGGACGCUGGCCGGGCAGGAGAUCACUGUCAGUUUCAGCCGGUUCAGGAAAUACACCUACAAAUACCAAGACCAGCCGCAGCAGACAUUCACCAUCCACAAGGCUAACUACCCAGCGGCCAACGGCCUCUUCCAUGUCGUCACUGCCCUGAGGUUGCAGCCCCCACCGGAGCUCCCUGAGGAUCCCAAGAGGACCAUCGGCCAGAUCCUUGCCUCCAAUGAGGUGUUCACCCGGUUUGAAACCAUCCUGGAGAACUGCGGGCUGCCCUCCUUCUUGGAUGGGCCCGGGCCCUUCACAGUCUUUGCCCCCAGCAACGAGGCAGUGGAUGGCUUGCGGGAUGGCCGCCUGGUCUACCUCUUCACGGCGGGUCUCUCCAAACUGCAGGAACUGGUGAGGUACCACGUCUACAACCAUGGCCAGCUGACUGUUGAGAAGCUCAUCUCCAAGGGUCGGGUGCUCACCAUGGCAAACCAGAUCCUGGCUGUGAAUAUCUCAGAGGAGGGGCGCAUCCUGCUGGGGCCUGAGGGGGUCCCCCUGCGGAGAGUGGACGUGCUGGCUGCCAACGGUGUGAUCCACAUGCUGGAGGGCAUCCUGCUACCCCCGACCAUCCUGCCCAUCCUGCCCAAGCUCUGCAACGAGGAGCAGCACGCGGUCGUGGCGGGCUCCUGUGUGGACUGCCAAGCCCUGAACACCAGCACGUGCCCUCCCAACAGCGUGAAGCUGGACAUCUCUCCUGAGGAGUGUGUCUAUAUCCACGACCCUACUGGGCUCAACGUCCUGAAGAAGGGCUGUGCCCACUACUGCAACCAGACCAUCCAGAAACCUGGCUGCUGCAAAGGGUUUUUUGGGCCUGACUGUUUACAGUGUCCUGGGGGCUUUUCCAACCCCUGCUACGGCAAAGGCAACUGCAGUGAUGGGGUCCAGGGCAGUGGGGCCUGCCUCUGCUUCCCAGACUACAAGGGGAUCGCCUGCCACAUCUGCUCCAACCCGAACAAGCAUGGAGAGCAGUGCCAGGAAGACUGCGGUUGUGUCCACGGUCUAUGUGACAACCGUCCGGGCAGUGGGGGGGUAUGCCAGCGUGGCACGUGUGCCCCAGGCUUCAGCGGCCGCUUCUGCAACGAGUCCACAGUGAGCUGUGGGUCCACGGAGCAGGCCCAGCAGUGCCACCCACAUGCCCGCUGCGUUAACCAGGGGGGUGUCUCCAGGUGUCUCUGUCUGGAUGCCUUUGAGGGUGAUGGAUUCUCCUGCACACCCAGCGACCCCUGCUCCCGCCCAGACCGUGGCGGGUGCUCGGAGAACGCUGAGUGUGUCCCUGGGGCCCGGGGCGCCCACCACUGCACAUGCCACAAGGGCUGGAGUGGGGAUGGUCGUGUCUGCGUGGCCAUCGACGAGUGUGAGUUGGACUCGCGAGGCAGCUGCCAUGCUGACGCCCUCUGCAGCUAUGUGGGGCCUGGGCAGAGCCGGUGCACCUGCAAGCUGGGCUUCGCGGGAGACGGCUACAUGUGCAGUCCCAUUGACCCCUGCCGGGCGGGCAAUGGGGGAUGCCAUGAUCUGGCCACCUGCCGGGCAGUGGGGGGAGGCCAGCGGGUCUGCACGUGUCCUCCUGGCUAUGGGGGUGAUGGCUUCAGCUGCUACGGAGACAUCCUCAAGGAGCUGGAGGCAAAUGCCCACUUCUCCGUCUUCUACCAGUGGGUCAAGAGGGCCGGCAUCACUUUUCCUGCCGACAGCCGAGUCACAGCCCUGGUGCCCUCGGAGUCUGCCAUCCGCCGGCUGAGCAGCAAGGACCAGGCCUUCUGGCUUCAGCCAAGGCUGCUGCCGCAGCUGGUCAGGGCCCAUUUUCUCCAGGGCGCCCUGUCCGAGGAGGAGCUGGCCCGGCUGCACGGGCAGAAUGUAUCAACCCUGAACCCCACCGUACGCUGGGAGAUUCACAACGUCAGUGGGAGGGUCUGGGUGCAAAACGCCAGCGUGGACGUGGCUGACCUCCUUGCCACCAAUGGUGUCCUCCAUGUCCUCAGCCAGGUCUUACUGCCUCCAAGAGGGGAUGUGCCGGGGGGGCAGGGGCUGCUGCAGCAGCUGGACUCGGUACCUGCCUUCCACCUCUUCCGGGAGCUGCUGCAGCGCCACAGGCUGGUUCCCCAGAUUGAGGCUGCCACCGCCUACACCAUCUUCGUGCCAACCAACCGCUCUCUGGAGGCCCAGGCCAACAGCAGCAGCCUGGACUUGGAUGUUGUGCGACACCACGUGAUCCUGGGCGAGGCGCUCUCCACAGAGGCCCUGGGCAAGGGGGGGCACCGCAGCUCCCUCCUGGGGCCCGCCCACUGGCUUGUCUUCUACAACCACAGUGGCCAGCCUGAGGUGAACCACGUGCCGCUGGAAGGCCCUGUGCUGCAGGCCCCUGGCCGUUCACUCUUCGGCCUGUCGGGGGUCCUGACA